UGAUCAUGUUGCUGAAUGUUCCCAAGUUGAACAUAUUAGAGAUUUGUAAAUAAUAAUAAAAAUGUCCUUUUUUUGUAUGAAUACCCCCAAAAAAGAAAACAUCGUUCGUUUUAUUGUAUGAUUACUAAAUGCAGGAGAUAUAAAGAGAGCUAAAAAAAAAAAAAUUAGACAGAAGCAUAAUUCAUCCUUUCUUUCUUUCUUCAACUAUACACUAUGACUUUAUCUUUUGCUCUUCCAAGAUUCUCUGGCUCUACUUUAGAGCCUUCAUCAGAACCAAUUAUGCUUUAUGAAUCCAAAUACUAUGAAAAGGGAGCGGGAAGAGCAAUGCAUAUAAAGAUUAUCCCUACAAGACCAACAUUACCAUUACAACGUGAUUACAAGCCACCACAUAUCAUUAUUCCAGUAUACAAGUUUAAUGAGGUGUAUCUUGAUCAUCAUGAAGACCUUUCAGCUUGGUCUUGUGAAGAAGGCAAUGAUUCAUCCAUGCUUUGGGAUCCAUUAUCUGUCCAUAGUAACACAUCUUUGUAAAUACCGCCGGAAUAACUGUAUAUAUUUUUUUUCACACGUUCAUUCCCAUCAUACACUCUCUUUUUUUUUUUUUGCUCUUUUAUCUGUGUGUACAACGGAGGGAAAAUAUUUAUAUAUAAAAUUUUUUAUCUAUCACUACUUGUUUCUUGUUUUAAUUUUUGCGUUCGAAAUAAGGUGAAUUAUUCAUGAAAACUACGCCAGAAUCGACAACCCAUUCACCAACACUGAGAUAUUUAUCAGCAUAUUUACGGAUUUCGUCGUUUUCUAUUUGACUUGUGGCAGGUCUAAACAACAGUUAACGCGAGAACAACCUGUUUCAUAACAAACU